AUGUUAACAGAAGAUAGGCUACAAGAAAUGGAGAGAACUCUUCAGUUUUUCGUCGAGGAGCGCUUGGCCAGGAAAGAACGAAAGUAUAAAGUAAGCAUUUACUUUAGGCUUUACAUAUAUUUCAGGUUAGUCAUUUUUGUUUUGGUAGGUAAAUAAGAUAUUUAAUAUUGCUAUUACCAAAACAUUUUUGAAAUUUUUCAAAAUAUAAGCAAUUUAUGUUUCAGAAAGCUUGUUGUGCCAUUGUUUCGAUUUGUGCAGCUCUAUUAUUUUUUGUCAUUUAUGCAGCGAUUGCUACAACCUUCAACCAAAAAUCGCCGGCUGUGGCAUCGGCGGCUGUUCCACAAGUCAUUUUUGCAUCAUGCGUCUUAACUGGCAUUAUCUGGUACAAUCUGGAACCGUGUUGUCGACCACAAACAAAAUGA